GACAGCACCGUCGCCCAGCGCCCAGCUGCUGAGAACAAAAAUGGCGAGCAUCUUGCACAGAAGUCUCUCGGUAGUUGAAACUUUGUCGCGGAGAGGCGGCUCAAAGCUCCUUGGAGCCGCAAGCCCAGCACUCCACAGCGCUCAACAACAGAGAAACCUGAACGUGCAUGAGCAUGUCUCAUACAGCCUUCUGCAGGAGGCGGGCAUCCCCGUACCGGAGUUUGGGCUGGCCCACACACAAAAAGAGGCAGGAGAAAUAGCUCGCAAGAUCAGUGCCAAGGAUUUGGUGCUCAAAGCCCAAGUAUUAGCAGGAGGACGUGGAAAGGGCAGUUUUAAGAAUGGCCUGAAAGGAGGCGUCCGACUUGUUUACUCGCCUGAGGAGGCGGAGGAAAUUGCAGGAAAGAUGAUUGGCCAGCUUUUGGUAACAAAGCAGACAGGCGAGAAGGGCAGGAUUUGCAAUGCCGUCAUGGUUGCUGAGCGAAAGUUCCCUAGGAAAGAGUACUACUUUGCCAUUAUGAUGGAGCGAGCUUUCGCUGGUCCAGUUUUGAUUGCUUCAGCACAGGGAGGAGUAAACAUUGAAGAAGUGGCAGCAGAAAACCCAGACGCCAUCAUCAAAGAGCCCAUUGACAUUGUCAAGGGCAUGACCAAGGAGCAGGCUGCUGGUGUUGCCGCCCAGGUCGGGCUUGCAGAGCAGAAAGAGGAGACUGCUAACAUUCUGCUUAGAAUGUAUGACUUGUUUAUGAAAAAAGACGCUUCCCUUAUCGAGAUCAACCCAUACGCAGAAGAUGCAAAUGGAAAAUUCUUUUCCCUUGAUGCAAAAAUGAGGUUUGACGACAACGCUGAGUUUAGACAAAAGGAAAUCUUUGCACUCCGGGAUUGGAGCCAAGAAGACGAGAAGGAAGUUGAAGCCGCUCGCUCAAACCUUAAUUACAUCGCUCUUGAUGGUGAUAUUGGUUGCCUAGUUAAUGGAGCUGGUCUUGCCAUGGCCACUAUGGAUAUUAUUAAGUUGCACGGCGGAGAGCCAGCCAAUUUCUUGGAUGUUGGUGGUGGAGCCACAGCACAGCAGGUUAAAGAAGCCUUCCAAAUUAUCACUGCCGACCCUAAGGUGCACGCCAUCCUGGUGAAUAUUUUUGGUGGUAUUAUGAGGUGUGACAUUAUUGCCAAGGGCAUCGUAGCUGCAGCAAAAGAACUUGAGCUGAAGAUUCCAAUUGUCUGCAGACUGCAGGGCACAAACGUUGAUGACGCCAAAGUAUUGAUUGCCUCCUCGGGAUUCAAGAUCCUUGCCUGUGACAACUUGGAUGAGGCUGCAAGACUUGUUGUCAAGUUGUCGAACAUUGUCCGAAUGGCGCGAGACGCAAAGCUUGAUGUAAACUUUGAGAUCCCCAUCUAAAGUAUGUAUCUUUAUCCACUAAUGAUGUGAAAAAUGAUAAGAGCUGAUACAUUAUUAUUUAAAUUGUCUGAAAAAGCUCUUUUUGUUGUUGCAUGUUGUUACAACUCUGUUCCUUCGUUGCGUUUGUUUCCCUUUAAAUUAUGAGCGUGACACUUGUCCCAGUUUAUCUUAUUUGCGUUUAUUUUAUUCAAUUUGAACAAAGGCCAUAUUGGGUCUAGAAGUAUUCUCGAGACGCUCGGCUCAUCAACCAACGCACCGGUUGCUUUUUUCAAUUUUGUAAGUGGGCCUUAAAAUUCACCUACUUCUAUAAGAUAACAUGACAUUGAAUUUGUUGAUAUAUUAGUAGUUUCUAAUCUCGAGCGUGUGUAGAUAAUUUUCUCAUACCUGUCACUAUCAGAAGCAAACUUGAAUUAAUUUAUUUUGCGUCCAUUUCCUGCUAGACAUUACCACUUAUAAAAAUGCAACUUUAUUCAGUUUUCUCAAGCAACAGUCCCCACAAAUUAACUUUUAUUUGCACCUAUAGCGUAGUUAUUCAUAUUGUUUCAAUAGCCUUCCAGCAUAUUUCUGAAUAAGACAAACAAAAUUGUUAUUGAAUGUUCACACAAGCACACACAUCUAAAUAUUUAUCAAUAUUUAUAGCACACACUGAAAGAACAUGCGUUAAAUUUUGAGCAUAAAUAGCCCAAAUAAUAGUAAUUGCUAUUCGUGUGUUCAUUUGGGUUAAAAUUUGUUAAAAAAUAAUAAUAAAAGAAUUUGUUACUUAAAACACAAA